AUGUCCGACACGGCGACAACAUCGUCGACGACAGUGGUGAUCCACCUGAAAAACAGCCGAGCCACGCAAGAUGCGACGUCGGCGACGGCGAGCGCUCAACUCCACCACAACCCCUCCUCGCGACGCUACUGCGACGUCUCCCUCGCCUCGUCCGAAGAAUCUUCGGAUCUUUCCGACGCCGACGAGGAGAAGGAGGAUCUGAUUCGACGGACGACGACGACGACGUCUUCGUCGAAAGAGACGAUGGAGGAGGAGGAGGAGGAGGAGGAGGAGUUCGAUGACGUCGUCAUGGAAGAGGACGGUGUCGAGACGGAAGAACAUUAUGCGAAGGUUCCAAGGCAGACACUGAUAAUAGCCAAUGGGCCGGGAGGUGGUGGAAUACUGAAGAAGAGCGGCGCAAAGAGUGAGUGCCAUGUCGUCGAAUUGUAUCAAAAUAGGUGUUGCUUUGAUAUUAUCCAACCGGUCGGUGCCGUGCCACGUCAUUCUUCGCGAACAAUUCCACUUUUUGGGUUCUUCGCAUCGAAGGGCACCGAUUUUUGUUCAGUCUUUUUUGAAAAAAUCCCAUUUCCACUGUGUUUUCCGCCUAAUUUCACUUACGCCCGAUUGAGUUUCCGCUGCCCUAAUCCAGUUGCGCGGACACACACGAACCCCUCCAAAUCGCAUCCUUUUUUGCCAAAAAAAAAAAACGAAACUUUUUGAACAAUUUGCAUAUUUUAAGGUCAGCAAAAGCCAUAAAAAGUGAGAUGCCUCAUUGAAGAGAAAAUCUCAAUGAAAUAACGCAUUUUUAUGCGUUGUGAUGCGCUACACACACACACAGACCAACUUUUCCGGCCGAUUUAUGUGUGUUUGUGUAGCAAAUGCAUCGAGCGAGAGAAAAAAGAGAUAAAACCGAAGAGUUCGACCAUUUUGUGCGUUGUUUUACGAGUCGUACGCAAGGAUUUGCGUUGAAAUGGAUGCGAAAGCGAGUAGGAAGAAAUUGCGAGUCAUAGUGGUCAACGUGGAGGUUUGUGUUGCCACGUUUCCACAUUUCCAUCGAAAUUUGCAUAACUGUUCACAAUUUGCAGAGAAACGUUCACACAUUUUCAAAUCAAUAAUGUUCUUCUCGAUUGCAGACACGUCCGAAAUCAUCCAUCAUCAUCCGUUGUUCGUGAAAGACACCUCCAAGUACUGGUACAAGCCCACCAUCUCCAGAGAGCAAGGUACGCCUUUUUUCACCCACAAAUAAAUUAUCGCCUUGCUUGCACUUGAGAAAUUGAUCAGUGAAUCAAGUGUAAAUUGGGAUUUCUCUCGUGCCACACCUACUGAUAAUAAUAGUAGUGUCGAGUUGAAAAGGAAGAAUGCUUCUUAUCAGUAGUCAAAUUGUGCCGAAAUUAGGAAUGAAAUUUCGGGAAAAGGGGUUGGGAUUCACUGGGAACACGUUGAUAGUCAUAGUGGUCAACUUGAAAUCCAAUGGGUGUUCCCUUGCUCUCUAACCCCCGCUCCAACAAGUGCUUCGCUCAGUUUCCCCCCCCAAUCAAAUCGAUGCUCUUACACACACACAUAUUGUGAACAUUCGUCCUCAUCUAGCUCGGAAGCUGCUCGGCUCUCCGGCUCUCGGAGCAUCCAAGCAUCAUUACACUGUGUGUGUGUGUGUGUGGUGUGCUUCGAAAGCCUCGCGGACCUUUGGCACACUACAUCUUGUGCGGAGAUCCUCGCAAAGUGCAAGGGAUGGAAAUUUGAGACCGUCAUGGCCGAACUUUUGCAACAAUCGAGAUUUCUCUUCCAAACGAGACAAUUGUCGGAAAGCGAAGGGGAGAGAAAGGGAUGAAUUAUGAAUGAGGCCCCGCAUCGCCUAGAAAUGGAGCACGCCGCAUUUGUUUUUCAUGGGAUUUAUUGCUCCCCGUGCGCAGACAGCCCGAAAAACCCGCAUGUCUCGAGACAAGAAGGGAUUGAAAAGGCUUUGAACCAUUGAGAACUUUUUUCAAAACUCACAACGGCCUAGAAGUCCAAUAUCGUUGUUUUGCAGCCAUCAACAUGCUCCGUGACAAGCCUCCCGGCACGUUCGUCGUCCGCGAUUCCAACUCAUUUCCGGGAGCAUUUGGGCUUGCUCUGAAGGUGCAAACACCUCCGCCAGGCGUCAAUCCAGGUACUACUAUACUAUACAUAGCAGAUUCACAGCCAAACGAUUUUGUAGGCGACGGAACCGAACUCGUCCGUCACUUUUUGAUCGAACCCUCGCCAAAGGGUGUCAAACUGAAGGGGUGCAAUAAUGAGGUGAGCGCGGCAUAUGGGUGGCAGAUGGAUGUGCGGAUUGAUAUGAGAAACAGCUCGAUGGGGACCGAAACGUGUACCCAACAUACCUCACUAGGGAAUGGCCCGCACUUAUCUUGGGCUAUAUGAUUCGAAAAAGAAUUUCACGGAGAAUCCGACGCUGCUCUCCAUUUUUGCUAAAGAGCACUGGCUGGCGAGAAAAUCUGCCUGUUUCUGCCACUUUUUCUAGCAAGUUCAUCUUCGGCGACGUGUAUCUCAAGAACCACGCGUCCGUUGCAGAAGUGGUCAACUAGUAAGUUAACGAAAAUUAUCUCGUUAAUAACUUUGUAGUUGAUCGUCUAUUUAAGAAAAAAAUUAGUUUUCGAGUUAUGAACAGUUUUCCUAGAGCGGAAAGAAAAAAGUUAGUGCUGGGGUCAGAGCGACGAUAACUCGAAAACUAAUUUUUUUUAAAUAGACGAUCAACUACAAAAUUAUUCACGGGAUAAUUUGCGUUAACUUACUAGUUCACCACUUUUGCAACGGACGCGUGGUUCUUGAGAUACAGGUCGCCGAAGAUGAACUUGCUAGAAAAUAUGGCAGAAACAGGCAGAUUUUCUCGCCAGCCAGUGCUCUUUAGCAAAAAUGGAGAGCAGCGUCGGAUUCUCCUUGAAAUUCUCUUUCGAAUCAUAUAGGUCCCAUUCCAAAAGCCCCGAAGGUCCCUAGUCAAUCCAAGGCUAGAAAACCUGAUUAUUGAUGGCAAAUCGCUUGGAAUUUCCCAAUGCCAAUUUGCAGCCCGUGUUCGGCUCGCUGUCCGCCCUCGUCUACCAGCACUCCAUCACCGCCCUCGCCCUUCCGACCAAGCUCGUACUUCCGGACUUUGACCCGGCCGCCACGCCCGAACAUUUGUCGGCCACACAAGCGCUCUUGGAGCAAGGAGCCGGUGAGAGCACACAGCAGUGUCCCAAACGAUUUCACGACUAAUUUGGCCCUUUUUUGCAGCGUGCAACGUCGUGUACGUCGGCAGUGUCGACGUGGAAUCGUUGACCGGCAACGAGUGCGUCAAACGGAGCAUUGCCACGUGUUCGCAGCGAGUCGUCAACGGCGAAACUCGCGCAGUCUCCGUCCACUUUAAGGUAGGGUAGGAGAAUUGUUCGCAAGCUCGCACUAUCCGCGUCUUUAAAGGUGUCCUCGCAAGGCGUCACGCUGACCGACAACACGCGCAAAGUGUUCUUCAGGCGGCACUUCAACGUGCAAAGUGUCAGCUUUGCCGGAAUGGAUCCGAUUGACAGGAGGUUGGCGGCACGGCCUGGGCAAUGCGGAAAAACUUGCAAAUGUUCAGGUUCGAAAACACGCGAGCGCUCGGAUUCCACGACGGCUGCAUCGCGCAGGCACGUCUCUUCGCGUUUGUCGCCCGAAUUCCGUCGUCGUCCGAGAAUGCGUGCCACGUGUUCGCCGAGUUGGAGCCCGAGCAGCCGGCCACCGCCGUCGUCAACUUUAUCAAUAAAGUCAUGUUGGCGCAAAAGAAUCGGUCGUAG